CUCGACACCCUGAUAGUCAAAAGGAAGAGGUACAAGUGUCACUAGACUGUCCCAUUCUUGUGAGGUUGGUUCCACUGGGUUCCUCUCCAGCCCUCCCCUGUUCUCUGAAAUGCUAGAGGUAUUUGAAAGGGUCUGACGUAGCAAACCAUCGUUCUUUCAUGUCAGCUGUUAUCACAUACUUGUGGGACACAGGAUCCAGGGAUGUAAGGUGCUCAGGCCUUCAGAGUGCAUAAGCCGUUACCCACCACUCUUACAGCCUCUCUGGCUUCUUCCCUACACUUCUGCACCUGCCACCUGAAAGGGGUGUUUUCCCGCUGAGGCCCAGGCCAGGCAAGAGAACUGAAUCCUGAGAACAUCUUGGCUGCCCACUACUCUGUUCCAUGGGGCCCUCAGCCCCAGCAGGAAAGAGCACUUGCUUAGCCGAUCAAGUCAUCAGUAGUUCUUCCCUUUGGUUAUCUUACAGCAGACCACAGAGAAGAGCAGGGCCCUUCAGAUGACUUCCAGCCAUGCUGUAGCACUGGGGGGGGGGGGGGGACCUGCUAAUCCAAACUGGGCAAGCCCAUUGCUGUUCCAAGCUGCCAGGUUUUCAUGGGUUAUCAGCACCUCAACCAACUGGGUUGUGUUCUUGAUAGUAUGAAAGUCCAGAGAGGUGGCAAGAGUGAGAAAACAGGAAGAGGAGUCCUACCUGACUGGAAUAAACAUAUGGCUGCCUCAUGGAAAGCACUUAACCUACCCACUAACCACCAGGGAGAGGAUGGUUCAUUUUUAGAAUAUCUGCUGGGACAAGACAAUGCUUUUUAAAAGAGGACCUAAGAGGCUUGGGACUGCUUAAAAUCCUGGACUUUCACCAGGCGGUGCACACCUUUAAUCCCAGCACUUGGGAAGCAGAGGUAGGAGGAUCUCAUUGAGGUUGAGUCCAGCCUGGUCUACUGAGGGAGUUCCAGGACUGCUAAGCUUACACAGAGAAACUCUGUUGUGGGAAGAAAGAACAAAGAAUCCUGGAUAUUCUGGGGUUGAAACUUGAUACAAUCAAACUUAAGGGAAACAGUAACCAAGUCCACAGAGCCAGGACCUGGGGUGAAGGGGGUGGGAGCCUGCACAUACCCUGUCCUCUCUUCUACUGCAGGCUGUUCUGAGACUUUCAUGAAUCCCGAGAGAUGACAACAGAACCAUCAGGGUAAUCAGUGGCUUUCAGAUCCCACUGAGGACUAAAGCCUGCAACUGCCCGUCUCCCUAGGAAAUGGACACUAAAGGACAGAGAAUUAAUCAUUCUUACACCUCUUGGCAAAAGCGGGCGAAGGGCACCAACCUUGAAGGUGUGGUUAGAAUUUUCAGGCACAGCCUCUGAAAAUAGGUCAUGUCCAAUGUUCCUAGUGCAGUAAACAGGGACGUUUAUAAUGACUAAUUGCUCUGCCUCCUGUGCUGUGCGUGCUUUUGUAACCUGUGACAGAAAACCAAGUCUCAAUGGACUGCCUGUUCCCCAGAGUGUGUUAAAUAUUUUAUUCUGCAUUACACAGCAGGAGAAGUUUCUAAAGGACUCUGUGUAAUACCUACAUCUUUGUCGUUAUUGUGAACCAGAUCCAAUAUCUACAGCAAGGAGGAAACAAAUAUAUGCAUGAAGAAUAUCAACCCUCUUAGCUCUUAAGGGUUUGUGUACAUUUGAUAUUUAAUAGUUUUUUCCUUUUUACUUUUAACAUUCUUUGAGAAACGUUUAUUUAGAAAACGAUAACUUGGGAGCUGGUGAGAGGAUUUAAGAGCACUGGCUGCUCUUCCAGAAGUCUUGAGUUCAAUUCCCAGCAACCACAUUGUGGCUCACAACCAUCUUUAGGGAGAUCUGAUGCCCUCUUUGGGCAGGCAGAUGUAUAUGUAGCAGAGCACUCAUACAUUAAGUAAAUAAAAGUUUUUUUAAAAAGCUCGAUAUCUCUGUGAAAACAAAACCCCGAUAAAUGGUAAUAGUAAAAUCCUAAUACGAAGAGUUAGAUCAAGGUUCAAGCACAGAGCCAUAACCAAAACAACUUGAACCUCAAAGCCCCGGAUGAGCUGGAGUGCGCAGGCGCAGUGACGGGGGCGUGGCCAAGUGGCGGGCUUUUCUGUUUGCGCAUGCUCCUUCUGUGAAGCUUCAAAUUUUAUGGCGGCUACCGGGCUUACUUGCGGGCCUCAGGGAGUCCGCCCUGAAGAUGAGAGCGAAUUCGGCCCUGCCUGAGUGAAGCGCUGACACCGAAGACAGAGAGGUUUAUAGGCCUUCAUCGUAGGAUCAGGUGAAGCAGCUUGGGCAGGCGAUGCCCAUUACAGAGGCCUUCGGGAAGAUUGCUGGAGGACUCCCACAUCCAAGGCAGCUUGAUCCAAAGGGCUCUGACCUUGGCAAGGAAGGCCUCUGCUUUUGAGGAGGAAUUAUUGGAAGGGCAUCCAGUAGCAGAACAGGAGGGCAAUGGCUGAAGAAAGCCAGGAGAUGGGUGGCAUCCAUUUUCCGUUUCCCUUCCCCCCCUAUCCUAUCCAGAAAGACUUCAUGGCAGAACUCUACAAGGUUUUGGAGGCUGGCAAGAUUGGGAUAUUUGAGAGUCCAACUGGCACGGGAAAGUCCUUAAGUCUGAUUUGUGGGGCCCUCUCCUGGCUCCGGGACUUUGAACAGAAGAAAUUGCAAGCAGAGGCUGGUCUCCUCGCUCCUGCAUCUGGCCCCACAAGUAGUGGGAGGAACUCAGUCCUGUCUUCCUCAUCCUGCCAAGAACCCUCUGACACCCUGAGACCUGCUGGAGAUCCUGACUGGGUCACUGAAUUUGUGCAGAAGAAAGAAGAAAGGGACCUGGUGGAGAGGCUGAGGGAGGAGCAGCUGAGGAGGAGGAAGCGAGAGGAGCGGCUGCAGGAGGUCUGCCAGGAUGGAAGACGCAGGUUUGCUGCCAAGCGCUCGAGACAGGAGGAAGAGGAGACCGAGACUCUCCUGCGCCUCAGCAGGGAGAUGCUUGCUGCAGACACAGCACCAGAGCAGCUGGGGCAGCUGGAGUGUGGGGAGGAGCAUCUGGUUCUGGCAGAAUAUGAGAGUGAUGAGGAGAGAAGAGGCAGCAGGGCGGAUGAGGGUGAGGAUGACUUGGAGGAAGAACAUAUAACCAAGAUUUAUUACUGCAGUCGGACACACUCACAGCUGGCCCAGUUUGUGCGUGAGGUGCAGAAGAGCCCUUUUGGCAAGGAGACGCGGCUAGUUUCCCUUGGGUCUAGGCAGAGCCUUUGUGUGAAUGAAGAUGUGAAAAGCCUGGGUUCUGUGCACCUCAUGAAUGACCGCUGUGUGGACAUGCAAAGACGCAAACACAAGAAGAUGAGAAUUGGGGAAGACAAGCCAAAGAGAAGGAGACAGAAGAUGCAGGCCUCCUGCCCCUUCUACAACCAUGAGCAGAUGGAGCUUCUCCGGGAUGAGAUUCUGCUGGAGGUGAAGGACAUGGAGCAGCUCGUGGCCCUCGGGAAGGAGGCCCAGGCCUGCCCCUAUUAUGGAAGCCGCUUUGCCAUCCCUGCAGCCCAGCUGGUGGUGCUGCCCUACCCAAUGCUGCUGCACGCAGCCACCCGGCAGGCUGCGGGAAUCAGGCUGCAAGGGCAGGUGGUCAUUAUUGACGAGGCUCACAACCUGAUCGACACCAUCACCAAUAUCCACAGCACAGAGGUCAAUGGUUCCCAGCUCUGCCAGGCCCAUUCCCAGUUGCUCCAGUACAUGGAAAGAUACAGGAAGCGUUUAAAGGCCAAGAACCUGAUGUACAUCAAGCAGAUCCUGUACUUGCUGGACAAGUUUGUGGCUGUUUUGGGAGGUAACGUUAAGCAAAACCCUAGUACACAGAGCCUGCCUCAGACAGGGUCUGAGCUGCAGAGCAUCAACGACUUUCUCUUUCAGAGCCAGGUGGACAACAUCAACCUCUUCAAGGUUCAGCGGUACCUGGAGAAGAGCAUGCUCAGCAGGAAGCUCUUUGGCUUCACAGAAUGCUUUGGAGUUGUUCUUCCAUCCCUCUCAGACUCUGAGGAGAACCGAGGUCUGGGUGGCUUCCAGCAGUUCCUGAAGAGCCUGCAGUCAGGGCCUCCUGAGGACUCCCUGGAGGAGGGCCAGGCUGUAGCCCUGCGGCCUGCCUCCCCACUGAUGCACAUUGAGGCCUUUUUAGAAGCUCUCACCACAGCCAACCAGGAUGGCAGGGUGAUCGUGAACCGCCAAGGCAGUGUUGGUCAGAGCAGCCUUAAGUUCUUACUCUUGAACCCAGCUGUGCACUUUGCCCAGGUGGUGAAGGAAUGCCGAGCCCUGGUCAUUGCUGGUGGCACCAUGCAGCCGGUGUCUGACUUUCGGGAGCAGCUGCUGGCGUGUUCUGGGGUAGAAGCUUCGAGAGUGGUUGAGUUCUCCUGUGGUCACGUGAUCCCUCCAGACAACAUCUUGCCCCUUAUCAUAUGCAGUGGGCCCUCUAACCAACAGCUGGAAUUCACCUACCAGAGAAGAGAGCUGCCUCAGAUGAUGGAGGAGACGGGCCGCAUUCUCUGUAACUUGUGCAACGUGGUCCCUGGAGGGAUGGUGUGCUUCCUUCCUUCCUACGAGUACCUGCGCCAGGUACAUGCUCACUGGGACAAGACUGGCCUGCUGGCACGUUUGUCUGUCAGGAAAAAGAUCUUUCAAGAGCCCAAGAGAGCGAGCCAGGUGGAGCAGGUGCUGACGGCGUAUUCCACGUGCAUUGCGAGCUGCAGUCACUCAGAAGGCCAUCUGACAGGGGCCCUUCUCCUCUCUGUGGUUGGAGGGAAGAUGAGUGAAGGGAUCAACUUCUCGGACGACCUGGGCCGGUGUGUGGUGAUGGUGGGGAUGCCGUACCCCAACAUUAAGUCUCCAGAGCUACAAGAGAAGAUGGCCUACUUGGAUCAGACCAUUCCUAGGACACAUGGUCAGCCCCCGCCAGGGACGGUAUUGAUAGAGAAUCUGUGUAUGAAGGCUAUAAACCAAUCCAUAGGCAGGGCCAUCAGGCACCAGAAGGACUUUGCCAGCAUUGUGCUCCUGGAUCACCGGUAUGCCCGGCCCUCCAUCCUGGCCAAGUUGCCUGCCUGGAUACGAGACCGAGUGGAAGUCAAAGCCACCUUUGGGCCUGCUUUUGCUGCUAUGCGGAAGUUCCAUCGAGAAAAGUCACACCCAUGUCUAGGGUAAGCUUGUGUUUAUUUUCUGUGCUUGACCCGGCCUUCGUAUAUGGCCUAAGAAGGUGCAAACCAUAUGCAGACUGCUGUGUGCACCAGCCUUCAGAGGCCGUGCCCUCCAGUGUUUGGACUCACAUAGAGAAGCCACAAGGACAGAGCCAGAACAUCCUGAAGACACCACGUUCCCGGAGACAAGAGUCUCACUGUAGCACCUGGCUCAGGUUCAGCUCUCUGCCUUUUCUGAGGUGAGGCCCGCCUGCCUCUGACCCACGCCAUUUAAGCUUUCCUUGGCCUUGGACUCCCAUCUCAGACACAGAUGUCCUGUUUCAAGCUUUAUUGCCUGGCCCAGAAUUGUACACACAUCAUCUGUCCAGAAGAGAAUUUGAGAAAACAAUGGGGACAUACUUAAUAUUGAAAGAGCUGACAUAAACUGAUUUUUCUGAAGGACCCUUCACAAAGACUUGGACCCUGGUCAUAUACUUCUCUAUACCCCAUAAAGAAAGAAGCAUUGAUCCUAUCCACAGCUCCUCAGGCCUCUGUGCUCAGAACAACGUUCCCCUGUAAGACAUGUCAUGGGGCAAAAGGGUCUCCAUGUUUUUCAUUUUCUUCUGUUGUUCCCUGAACAUGAACAGCUCCUUCAUGUUCAGCAGUGGCUGUCCCUUAUAUGACCUUCGGGAAACUCAGGAGCCAUAUGCCCUUGGCAUUUAGGCAACACCCUGGGCUGCAAACUGAGAGGAGGCAAGAGGAGGCAGAGGAGAGAGUGCAGGCUUGUCUUUCAAUGGUGCUUGUACCGCUUGCAGCUCAAAGGGGUUCGAUCCUUGAAUCCUCCCCAGAUUGAAGUGCCCUCACACCUGGGGGAUGUUUUGAGACAGACAGACCUUCACAGGGAGACACGUUAAGAUUUUGUCACUAGCGCAGGACUUUAGCAUGCACUGAAAUGCAGCUAGAAAUCCAAGUUCUAAAAGGACCCAGAGAAUGACAGCCUCUGUAAACCUUGAAGGAUUGUCACUGGGAAUCUACUCAUCUGUUACCUGCUUUCUGAAAUGGCAAUGUUCCCAGGGUUAUAUCAUAGGAAUAUCAUCCAGGUAUCAUGCCCAAUUAAAACAUUGAUUGAAUUUUGUGAUCAAGUAUGAGAAUUUUCCUAAAUGCAAUUGAUAUCAUGAUAAUAGAUAUUUGUCUAGAGACAGCGUGCAGUGUGAGCUAUGUAAAAGCAUUGGGGAGAUGCAGUGGGAGGAAUAAUUGAUCCAGGUCAUCAAAGGCGGCAGCAGGCUGCAGAAUGAAGAGACCCAGAGACCUCAUUUGUUGUGUGACCUCCAUCAAGCCACUUAGAGACCUCCACACCUUAAUGUGUUAUUCACUUAUUAAAAUGUUUGUUCCAUUUCCCUUAUAACCUGAAA